ACGCUUUGGGGCAGACGCGGAUGUUGUGAGAACAGAGAGAGAGGGGAGAUGGGAUACAGAUAGGGGGUGUGUCAGAUAGCGUGUGUGUGCCCAUGCGAAAGGGACUGAGAUGUGUGUGUGUGUGUGUGUGUUAGAGAGAGUGCUAAAACAGACGCCCAUGCAGGCACGGACAGAAUCAAAUAUUUUCUGCACCAGGACGGCAGGAAGAAGGAUUACUCUUAUUUUAAACUCUUUAUCCAUACGUCCCAGGGUUCCGAUCCAGCACAGAAUGUGAAAGUAGACCAGUGACUUUCUGGGAUGUAAUAUCUUGAGUAGUGUGUCAGUAUGACCCCUCACGGCCGAGCGCUCCUGCUGGUCUUCAGUUUCUGGCUGUGUGGUAACCUGAGUGCUGUAUCUCUAAAUAGAGCCCUCUCUUCCACCGACACAGUCACAACCCCUAAUUCAGCCAGCAGCCCAGCGUGGACGUCAUGGCACACCAAAAUGUUCAUGACUACUCCAACCAUCCUCAGUUUAUCCACAAAAUUAUUAAACUCAAAGGAGACCGCCAAAGGUAAAGUGACGGCACUUCCGGUCUUACUUUCAGCCUCAAAAGCACCAUGGACCAAAAGUUCUUAUCCUAACAUUCCUUUAGACAUCCAGAGAGAUGAAGAGGGACCUCAAACGGAAACAUUUGAUGAGGACAAUAUCAGCAUGAAAGGCAAAACUGCGCAGUCAUUUGAAACUCAUUCAUUGACAACACUAAAGCCAGAUUUAGGACCCCAGAACUGGAGUACAGAGUCCAUUACACCUAUUGCUUAUGCAGCGACAUACACAUCCCAGAUUUCUACCAAACAGGGAACUUACCAGACACCCUGGAAGUCCUCUGGUACUGUUCAGACACCAUAUGCCAGAGGAACACUAGAUGGUACGAAUCUGCCAAGAGGGCUGAUAGACUAUGUGUGGCCAUCUGAGAAAACAAAAGACCUGACAGAUGCCCCUACAGGUGAUGACUGGCAAGACACUUCUACAAUUCCAAACUGCAACCUGAUUGGCCCUGGGAUCUGUCAGUCCCCUGAUUCCUUGAGGAGACAUGCAAAUAACACCACAUUGUCAACCCCACCUCCUUUGACUGAAACCACACCCCCUGGCAUCAUAACCCCAUCCGUUGAUGCCCUGACCCCACCUCUAUUGGUCCCUCUGCUGACUGACUGGAAUGCUGCCAUGGCCACAUGGGGCCUGGCCUGGGAGCUGCAGGUUUAUGGUCUCGGCUGCGUGUUCUCCCUCGUGGCCAUGCUUUCCGCUCUCAGCCUGAUGUGUUUGCCCUUGCGCUGGCCCUCUGGGUGUGCCUACUUCAGCCUCCUCCACCUCCUCCAGCUAUUGACAGGUUCGAGCCGGGCCCUGUGGCUGCUCUAUGAUCCUUACGGCCAAAAAGAUCGCAUCCCUGCAGGCAUUGCGCGACUGCUGCACGAGGCCGCCUACCCCUGUCUUGUGGCUUCAUUUGGCCUGCUGCUGCUACUGCUUACCGCACGUUCUUGCACUCAGCUUCUUUCCCAGAAUACCUUGCAGCGCAGCUCGUGCCUGUUGGCAGCGCUAGUCCUGUUGCACUUGGCCGUGGUGAUGGCUUCCGUAGCCAUUCUGCAACUUUUCCCCACUCUUCCAGUUGUGCCUCUAAUACCUCCCGCAGCCUUCUUGUCGAUGUCCGUACUUUUGUCCAUGACGUACCUGCUUUUGUACUGCUGCGCUCGUGCAGACGCCAAGCACAUCUACCGGCUCAGCGAAAAUUCCCCAGAGCGUCCGGCAUGCCACGCCAGUCGUUGUCCAUUCACAGAGGCACGUAUGUGGGAGAGGGCAGCCAGGGCGGGGGUCUUCUCUGCUCUCUUUCUCUUAGCAUGCGGCGGGCUCAGAUUGUACGCCAUGCUUUACGCGGGAGGACUCACCAAUGGAGUCAUGGUCGGUCUGAUGCCCUGGCCUUGGUGGGCCUUCCAGCUUAGCUGCAGGGUGUGCGAGGCGGGCGUAUGUCUGACCAUCGCUCUUAUAAUAACUCACCCCCUCCUCUGUUGUGGUGUUCCUCUCACCAAUUCAAGUGGCUUCGGCUCGCUUUUCAAAAAGUCACAAAACGAGAGCGGCGAGUCUGCAAAAGCCACCAUUCUCACGAGUCGAUGCGGAUGGUCGCUGAGGCCUGCAGAAAAUUUUGGAUUGUGCGAGGGCAUGACGCGACGAGAAAGCGAGAGCGUGCCACUCUACACUCUGGUGGAGCUCCCGCACAGUGAAUCCCAAGGCUUGGACUUCCACUAUCCCAGCAGCCCUCAGCACAAGCUCUCAACCCAAACCGCAAACAAGGGGAGGGCAUCAUAUUCACCCUCCUUCGCCAGCCUGGAUGCCGAUUCGACGGCAGAUCUGCGGCCUCCUUCUCCUAUCGACCUACGACGUAGCAUCGAUGAAGCUCUGAACAGCGAGGCACUCUUUCAACAUAGCUUGUUCAGCUCUUCCCAGCUCUCUCUCAGCACCCGUGGGCUACCGGAUGGACAGCCCUGUCGGGGAAACUCGACAGCCGAACCCAUCCUGUAUCGUACGGCCUCUUGUGGGGAUGUGGACCCCCCUGUGGUACUUACACGAACGCGGCAAGGGAGCGCAAUCGUGGUGAGACCGUCUGUCAGUGGAGGCCAGGACUCAAACUAUUGCAGAAGGUUUAACUCAGAACAGCAGUCACAGAACAGCCUAUACAGGGGCUCUCAGCCAGGGCAGCAAUUCCAGAGACGGUACAAGACCCUGGGUUCAACUUCCUCCAAAGGGAGCUUAGAUGUGGAGACAGAUUCGCAUGCUGAUGAGCUGGCCGUUCAGGCUGAAUUCAUUCAUGUAUGCAGGCAAAUAGAUGCUCUGAGUGUCAGCAGUGAUACCAUUGAGCUGUAGUUUAACAGCGGAGAUGAUGCCCAACCUUAACAUCUUUACAAAAGUUUAAAAGACUUUAUCAUAAAGAAGAAUUUGCUGGCGCAUACUUAAAAGAAAACCAUUAGGAGUUUCUAUUAUAGUGAAAGAUAGCAACCAUGUUUUUUAAAUGGAUUGACUAUUAUUUAUAUUAACAUAAACUAUAGUUAUUGUGGUGGAACCAUGUAAAUAACUUGACAUGGAAUACUCAGAAAUUACAUCCAUACUUGACAUAUGCUACAGUUUAUCCUAUUUAACCUUGUUUAAUAGCUUGGAUUGACUAAAAGACUUAUUCAAGAUCAUUUAAAAGAGAAGACUAUACAUAGGGCUUUUGAGUACCUUUCAGCAAUAAAGCUAGCACUUAUGAAAAUGUUUUAUGAUAAGAAGUCGGUCAAUGUGUUUUGAUUCCACUAGAGACAUACAUUCAUUGCAACAUUAUUAUUGCAGCAAACCCAGUGAACUGUGGCAGCUCUGUCUCUUGGGUAACUUUUUUCUGGACUAAGACAUUGUCCUGUUGGCACAUGGGAAAAGUAUUAAAAAAAAGUCUGCAUGAAGACAAAACAAAUAUUCCUGCUAUUUUAUUUGUGCUUAGUAAAGCUAAUCAGCCAUUGUAUUUAUAUGGCAUCUGCUUUUGUUUAGCUGUUUUUUAAUAAGUAGUAUUUCUUUCCUUUAUGUUCUUUACGUUGUUUAUACAGACUACGUCACUUUUUCUUUAAAAAAAGGGUCAUAAUUUUUUAUUUUAUUUUUAAAUACUGGAUAAAAGUCAAAGAUAUAGUCAGUAUUAAACUUCCAAGUUAUAUUCGCUGUACUGUACUCUCUUUCUAAGUUUGAAAUAUCAAACUAUUAUAUUUAUUACACCCUGUAGUAUGUAUACAGUUUGGUCAUUUUCUGUAUGCAAGAAAGACCUGAAUUUGCUCAAAUGUGCUCGACUGUAAAAUGCAGGCAGUAUGGAUAAUUGCAUUGCACAAUGCAAUGCAUCAAACUGAAACCACUUCAAAUUUGACUUAUAUCAACCAUUAUUUUUACUAGUGGUGUAUUGUCUUCCCCAACACAUUAUUUAAUCAGAUAGACAAAGUGUAUGUUUUCA